AUGUCGAACUACGCUAUAAUAUCAAGUAUUCCUUCCUGGAUCUCAGAGAAACCCAAAGACGACGUGAAAAGGAUCAUCUCGUGCAAGUCCUCCGACUGGUGCAAUGGCCCACGCGAAUAUCAGGUCGCCAGCUGGGCAAGAACUCUGACUGGUAUAUCUCAGGUCGUGGUGGGCCCAACCGGCGGCGGCAAGACUGCUCUACUCGUUGCUGUCGUACCUCUUCUCGAAGCUCUCAAAUCCGAGCGUCUUGAUGGUGCUGGGGUGGUGCCCGAAUGGCCGGUGGCGCUGAUCCUCCCCACAGGACACCACUCAAACAUCGCUCCUCCAUUCCCCGGUAUCAAGGCUGCACGAGCCAUGCUGCAUGGGAGUGCAGUCGGCUCGAGUUAG